AUGAGCCACCUCUGGGAGCCCCUGCGCGCGGAGUACCGCCCGCUGCUCUUCUACAUCGGCAUGGAGAUCGUCGCGAUCUGCACGCGCCAGAUCAUGGCCUCCUACGGCUUCCGGCGCCACGAGCUCGGGUGCCUGACUUACUACACUUAUAAGGUCAAACCCGUGGUCAGCCUCGGCCCCGCGGCGGCGCUGGCGCUCGCGCAGCAGCAGCGGGCGGCGGCGGCGGCGGCGAAACGCGGCAGCUCCGGGAAGGCCGGCGGCGGCGGCGCUGACUGGACGCCGUUUGCGGUGCAGGAUCUGAACAACCCGCUGAACGCGGCGGUGCCGCUGUCGAAGGACAUGCCCAUAGUGUUUUGCCAUGGUGUGGGGGGGCUCAGCCUGUACCUGGAGAUGAUCAAGUACAUCCUUGAUCUGGGCCACCCGGUGAUCUGCCUGGAAUACAAGCACGUGAGCCUGCGGCUGACUCAGCGCAUCCCCACGAUCGAUGACGUCAUCACCGACGUGGUGGCCAUCCUCGACAAGUUUGACAUCGGGCGGGCGUGCGUCGUGGGCCACAGCUACGGCACCUUUGUCGGCUCCCGGCUGGUGCAGCAGCACAGGGACCGCGUCCACACGCUGUGCCUCAUCGACCCCGUGUGCUUCGGCAUGUUCAUGCCGCACCUCCUGCACAACUUCAUCUACCGCCGCCCGCGCCUCAACGUGUGGCAGCCCGACGUGCUGCUGCGCGACCUAAUGCUGUACUUCGCCUCCCGCGACCUGCACCUGUCCGCCACGUUCGCGCGCCGCUUCUACUGGAGUGACAUGAACCUGUGGCCGGAGGACAUGCCGCCGGGCAGCGUGGUGCUGCUGUCCGGAAAUGAUGACCUGGUACACGCGGACGAGGUCCGGCUCAUGCUGGAGCAGAGCGGCAGCCACAUAAAGGCGCCGCGUUGCGGUGACCGCGGGCAGGGUCCCACGGCGGUGUGCGAAAAGCAGGGGGGGUGCACUGACUGUGGGACUGGUCGCUGUUAG